AUGGCAGUUUUUAAAGUGAUUGUUUGGUGGCUUGUGGAUAAAAGCAGAAAUGCAGUAGCAAAAAAGCUUAAAGAUGGCGACGUAGCAGAUCAACAGGUUCGCGACAUCAUCAUAGGUAACAUCAACGCCGUAAAGUCCAAUCUGGAUGCAUUAUCAAAGAGAGAUUUGUUAGCAAGUAUUCAAUUCUUUAAAGAAGGAAUCGAGUUGCUGUAUGAUGCAAUUGAACAGACAAGGCCAAGGAAUGAGUAUGGCGCGGAUACAGAACAAGCGGCCUGUGAGGAAUUUGUGUCGCUCGUUGAAAGAACGGGGCGAAACUUGGAGCUUACUAAAUCUGGUAGAAGACAGCUUAAAAAUGCAAAGAAGAGAUUCAGAAAAGCUCGUGAAGGAGCAACAGUUGCUUUUUCAAAUCCAGCGCUAUCUAUAACUGACCGCAUCUUAGCAAUGCAUUUUCGAUUGAUGGCAACAGUAUUAGAAACAAUAGAUCAUCCCAAGGAUGCUGUAACACCAUAUAAAGUGUGUAUUGAAGAGCUAAACGCUCUGCCAGUGGUUCAGCAAUGUCUUAAAGAACAGUUCAAGACAGGAAAAAAGGCAGUGAGGGGUUUAUUUAAAAAAGGAAAACGACGGAAAGUUAUUACCGGUGUCUAUCUUGCUAAUGUUAUCGCCCACCAAGUCAGACAAAUAGUAUCCGUUAAAGAACUAUUGCUGCAAUGGUCCAUGAUUAAUACAGGAAAGGAGCAAGUUGAUCUGCUGCGAGACCGGAGAGUAACAAAAGUACUUUGUAAACAGGAUAUGGAAAACUGUAGUGUAUCAUGGAUACUUGGUCAAGAUGGCGAAAAGGAGUACGGGUUAAAUGAUCCGCGUGCUAUCGCUACCAACUCAAGCGGGCAAUAUAUUGUAGCAGACAAUGACUUGACAAUCAAGGUGUUUGACAACAGUGGCAAGUUUGUGCGACAUUUCAGACUUCCUUCUCUUAUUGAUCAAAGCGGUAAAGAGCCAUCGAUUAACUCCGAGCAUGUUUGUCUGGCCACAGACAUGAAUGACAACGUUUAUGUGCUGGUUAGAGAAGAGAGUCGUGGGGACUCAUACUGGAUUUUUUCGUUUAAAACUGCUGACCAGCAUCACAGGUUUCGUGUCAGGACAAUGGGCUUCGACUUUUACGUGCUUAAACUGUCAGUCAGUGAUAAUGGUAAGGUGGUGGUACUGAAGGGUAACUGGAAAAGGGGAUAUUAUAUUGUGGAUGUAUAUGAGACUGAUGGUCAAUUCUACUGUAGUUUUGGAGAACAAAUAUUUAGGAACCCGUGUGCAAUCACUACUGUAAAUAAUGGCAGAGUUAUAGUGAUGGAAGAAGGGGAUCCGACAUAUGUUCACAUAUUCAGCGAACAAGGUGACCAUCUAAAGAAAUUUAAGUUGUUCUGUAAGCGCUUAAACUGGGAUUCUCCAAAAAUUGCAUUUCACAGGGGAAGUAAACAAGUCGUCGUGGUCGGUAGCAAGGGACAAACUUCAGUCGUGUGUAUAGAUACCAAAGAUGAUAAGUAUGUGCAAAGUACUGUUUUCCAUAUGAGUGAGUCCUUUACUCCUUAUGGGAUUGCAGUGACCACUGCGGGACACAUUGCAGUAGUA